AUGGGAGAACGAAUGCUUAAUAGAAGUUUGCUAAAUCUUUUUCAGAUUCAGACUUAGCUUUAAAGGACAAUAGAAAAGGCUAAAUAAUCCAAUAUCGAGGGCGCUCGUGAUUAGCUAGAUGAAUUCUUGAACUUCAUUAAGGAAUAAUACUUUGUGCUAGAUGAGAAGUAGAAGAAUGUCAAGAUAAAAGAUAUUGAAGCUCCCAAAGUAAAGCAAGGGAAGAAUAUAAAUUCAAUCACUAAGUAAUCAGUGGAUUUGAGCUACAUAGACAAAGCCAGCUUUACCUAUAACAUAAAGUAUAUUGAGAUGCCAAACAGUCUCAGUGAGUUUGCAAAGAUAUUCAAACUUAACAAAAAUGAUAUUGUCAGAAAGAUAAAGUCAUAUCCAACUGGAUAGCAUGAACUUUCUUGCAUCAUUCACUCUCAAGAGAGAAACAAAAUAUAUCUACACUAGGCUUAGACAUCUAAAGUGCUAAGAUAUGAUGCAGUCUAAUUCACUCAGGAUGAGAAUUUCUAAGAGCUCAAAAUCAUAGAAAACAUUCAAGGAGGAAUCAUGGCAAAUUAGUUUAUCAUAUUUGUGGGAACUAGAAAUAUACACUACUUCCCUGAAUCAUAUAAUUAAGUCAGUAUAAAAACUCUCGAGACUAAUAAUAGAGGAGAUUUCAGGGACAUUUGCUUUGAUAAAGGCAGAGAUCUGCUUAUACUAGCUUUUACUUCAAACCUGAUGGAAAGAUCUAGUAUUUUUGUGAUGAAUGUAACUAAAGAGGAGAUACAAAUCAUAGAAAGAUUGAAUGAUGGAUUCAAUAAUAGUAUCAUUAGAUGCAAAAAGGUUUUAGAGCCUUAAAAGUUCAUGUUUGCAUGUCAAAAAGGUUUCUCAUCCUGCUACAUAUCAUCGAAUGGAACCAUAUCCUAACAAGAGAAUUAUCUUCCAAGUUAUUAGAAUAUCUGUGAUUUCGAAGAGAUUAGGAAGGGUGAAUAUAUAUUCUGCACAAGAGAGAAGUGUGCCUACUUUAUCUACAGAAUGAAUGAUUAAUAGAUUCAUGAUAUACCGUUAGGAUAAAGCUAACAGCCAUUUUCAAUGCGAUUGAUAAACUUUCCAGGCAUUAAAACUUAAUCUCCCUUCUUGAUUAACUAUGAGAAUCAAUACCUUAACAUUGUUGACUAUAGAUUCUAAAAGGCAUUCAGAUUAGGUCUAAAUAACUUCAAGGCUUAAGCUUUUAUCUAAUAUGGCAAUAGGCUAGUAGUUUGGGUUGAUUCAAUUGGAGGAGUCAGCAUCGUUUGUGCUUAGAUAAGUGAAGAUGGCAAUAACAUCAUCACUAAAUAUGAGAUAAGCAAUGUCUUUCUUCAAAUUAUCAAUAAGAUCACAAAGAGUUGA